GAAUUCUGUUUAUAACGAGGCUUUCUCGUCGUGGUUUUAUCACCUGUACGCAGGCUUACGUUUUCGUCUCCCGAACGUCCCCUGACGUUGCUGGUCACGCCCUGAUACGAGAAAGCACACCCAGAGUGAAAAGAUAAAUUGUGAGUCGGGAACAAAGCGCCGAAGGACGGAUCCAAGUACACUUGCUGAAAAGCCGGAGCCAAACAUUAAUCUGAAGCCCAGCAACCGGAGGAAGCACGCUGCCUACACUUAACAGCCUCGAGUUGGGAUUCAGUGAUCAGAUGGAGAAGGCAAAAAACUUCAAAGGGAAGUUUCUCCUCCUCUUCGUCGCCACAUACAUCUUCAUCUUCGUCCUCAGCUUGAAAACAUCCAGGACAGACAGACCAAUCCCGAAGCCACGUUGGCCUCCAGCUGAGUGCCCGCUGUGGGUCUCUAAUAACACCAUCACCCCGCUCACAAACACCAAACACUUCCUGGUGUCGGCCUACAUGGACCAGAGAGUGGAUGGUUUGGAUAUUCGCAUCAUUGGCUUAUUCAGGAGAGACUCCAUCCAACCACUUCACUGCCUUUUCUGCUGUGGAGACCAUAUAGGCACAACAACUCCGACGACAAUCUUACAACACAGUGACAACUUUGGCUUCCCCUUUGUCACCACAGACGUCAUGUGUUGGAUUCCUAAAAACUGCCACGCUACUCAUGUCACUCUCCUGACUGAACCGGACGCCGAGAGAACAUCUAACCUGAGCUGGCUUCCUAUAAGGAACCAGAAGACCAAUGGUAAACAAAAGAUGAAGUUUAACUUCACAGUCUGCAUCUCCAACCUGUUUGGGGGCUACAACAAUGUGCUGCAGGUUGCACAGACUCUGGAGAUGUACAGGUUGCUGGGCGUGGACAGAGUGGUGAUCUAUAACACCAGCUGCAGCCCAGAACUCAGCCGUCUGUUGCACAGUUACAGCCAGGAAGGUUUCCUGGAAGUGAUCUCCUGGCCCAUCGACAAGUAUCUGAAUCCGUCUAGCGGCUGGCUCUUCUCUCAAUCGGGAGGAGACGUGCACUACUUCGGCCAGCUCACCACGCUGAAUGAGUGCAUCUACAGGUCGAUGGAGCGUUCACGCUACGUCCUGCUGAACGACAUAGAUGAGAUCAUAAUGCCUUAUCAACACAACAACCUCAUGUCUCUGAUGAACACGCUGCAAGCACAGCAACCAAAUACGGGGGUGUUCUUAAUUGAGAACCACAUCUUCCCCAAGAAACACUCUGAGCCAAGCGGAAGGUUUCACCUGCCUCAGUGGAACAAUGUGCCGGGAAUUAAUAUUCUGGAGCACAUCUACAAAGAGGAUCCUGACAGAAACAUAUACCAUCCACACAAGCUGAUAAUUCAACCGAGGAUGGUGGAGCAGACCUCGGUGCAUGAAGUGCUCAAGAAUUUUGGACGGCGGUACAAGGUUCCACCACACGUUUGUCGGAUCAUUCACGUUCGCAUGGCUCUGCAGGGGUCUUUAACGCUGGAGCAGCUUCACGUAGACAAAAGGUUGUGGGAUUUUCAGGAAAAACUGAUUCCAAAUGUGGACAGGGUGCUACAGAGAGUGGGGCUGCUGCACUCGGACAAGCAGAGCUGAUGGGCAGAUGGAUGCUUGUUGAACGGGUUCAAUGUGAAUGUGCACCCUCAGAUUUAGCAGGGACAUUUGUGAUUGUCUACUACUGCUAUUUGUUUUCUGAAUUGUUGUCAUAUUUUGCACUUCAGAGCCACCACUGCCCUGAACUGAACACUGUUGAUGCUACACUUUUACAGAAUUGCAGAGGUUGUUGUAAUAGAAAACCUCCAGCUUGACCACCAGGCUGGCGUUAUGAAUAUUCAAAUAUAUAACUCCGAGCCUCCACACCCUUUCACACCAGGCAUGCUAUCCUCAGCAUUCAAACUCAUGUGGGUGCUGCUGUAUAGUCAGCGCGGUCGUUUCUUUCCACUGUAACUAACAUUUAGCAUGUUUUACUGUACAUUUACAUGGAAACAUGACUAAAAUUAUUGCCAUGUUUGGAGUUUAGACUUCAGAACAUCAACAUUUCUACAAUGCUGACAGUGGCAGUAGAAAAACGGUACUGUUUAGCUGUUAUAAUGUUUAUUCCAAUACCAAUAUUCACCUUAAGGCCUGAGCUGUAACUGAGUUCAAGAGGGCCAAAAAAUUAUUAAAAAGGAGAAGCGAGAUACUCCACUAUGGAAACAAUGAAUUGUCAUUAUUGGUUUUUUUGUUUGUUUGUUUUUUUAAGUGAAUUUGAACAUUAAUUUACGGUUCAAUCAGCUGUUCAGUUGCUCCCUCCCUGUUUGUGACGUUACGAUGUUCAUGCGUCGUAGCAUAUCAUUUAACGAAUCAGGAAAGCCAUGAUCAUCAUUAAUGUUUGACUGAAAAUACGAGCAACUCUACAAAUAUUCCAUAAAUACCCUCAAUAGCAGCCAGAUGCUGUUCCUGACACAUAAACUUCCUAGUGGACUUUUUCCCUGCACCGUUCAUGCUUGGUUUGUGGAGAUUUUCAGUGGGGGGCAGGACAGCAGGGACAGUGUGGACUCAUAACUGCAUCAAGCGUCAGAGCCGUGAUGCACAAUUUGACAGUUUUGCAGUCAUUUUGCCAAAAUAACUUGUGUCUUUCUUGUGCAUUUGACACACUGAAGUCCGGAUCUCAUGGUUUCACAAAUCAGAGGUUCAGUAACGUUUGCACAGUUUGAGGGGAUGUCUUGAGGAUACAUAAUAUCAUGUGAGCAAACCGGUUUCUUUUACAGGAAAAUGCAUUCUUUAAAAACACUUGGAUUAAGGUGAAAUUUGAUACAUGCAUGUGUCAACUGGGAUUCUAAACUUCUAAAUGAAUGCACUCCAAAGCAGUAAUUAUAGUACAAAUCACUGGGAGCUGCAUUGUGAGCUUUAUUUACUUACAAGGCCCGUCUUGGGUUUUCACCCUCUGAUGUUACCUUGAUGCUGUCUUUUGAUAUGAGCCCUUACCAGAAAUGCUCAAAAGACUUAUGUUGUAUAAAAUCCAGCUUCUCUCACUGUACACCUGUAGCCUGGAAUAACCUGCAGGACAAUCUAAAGCUUGAAUCAUUUUUAUACUUAAGUUUUCAACUCCAGUUCUUUUGGUUUUAGUUGAUUAAUUUGCUGUAACUUUUAAAUGUUCUAUUUGUUCUUAAUAAGUUUGGUAUUUUAGUAAUUUUGCUUAGUCUUUUUUUAAUCAUUUCAAAGACUUCCAUUAGUGAAAAUCAAGUUUUAUAUGCUGGAAGGCGCACCAUGAGCAAAAUAAGCAGUGAAGGUUGUGGCUGAGCAUUUCCACUUUGAAACUGCAGUGUAACAAUGACAGUGUUAAAAACAUCGGCUGGGUUUCAUACAUCGCAAGCCUCAAUAACCAAUCCUGUCUACUUGAACAGUUACAGGGUUUCCUGUGUCAUUCUAAUUCAAAAUCGAUUUCCAAUUCUUACAUGUUCAUUCUAACAACUUACCAUUGUGUAGCGUCGAGUAGUUUUUUUUUAGUGUUUGAGCAGAGUUGUGGGCGAGGAAAAAUGAGGAGGAGUUACAUCUGAGUCAUCCUGAGGCAUUUAGAGAUUAUUUCCAUUGAAAAAAGCACUUGGAAAUGUGUUAUUUUGAUACAUGGAGAAGGGUUGUUGAAGGGUAUUUGUGUGUGUGUACCUCUAUUUUUUUUUAACAUAUUAGGCUAUGUUGUGAAUGAGGCUUCAAUACCUCUGUACAUUCCGAGUUCAGAUGGUUCAAUGAGGGAAUGAACAUUGUUUUUGAACUAUAGAUAUCUGUACAGUAUCCACUGCUAAGCUAGUGGCUGACUGAUUCAACACGGACGACGGAAGUUUAAGCAGCUGGUAUUUCUGGAAAGGCCAAGUUUGAUUUGGCACGCACUACAACUCCAUAAAUACUUUGAGAGCAUCAAAGCCGAUAAGAAAGUUUGUUCAUUUGUUCAUUUACAGAUUUUCCCCUUCUGUGAGGUGGGUAAACUCCUGAUUCUUUUGAGAAGCCAGUCUGCUGUAUUUUGUGCUCAGCUUCAGAAAUGAUUGUUAAACCACUGUGAAUACCGCUUUCUGCCUCAUUCUUUGAAGUACUUGAUGGAAACAUGCUGUUAUAUUCUUUUAGGUUUUAAUGCAUUUCAUUUCCUAUAUCCCUCUUUGUUAAACACCAUCAUGACUGUCAUCUCCUCAACUCUCAAUUACCUUCUUUAGACUUCUUUCAGAUUUCAAUAAAGCUUAGGGUGAAUCUGGAUUUUUUUUUUUUUUGCACUUUUUGAAAACAUAUUUUGCAUAUAUUGAAAUAUUGCAACAUUUUUUCUGCAUUCACUUAACCACUUUGAUAAAAGUCAAACUGAAUUAUCAGUGCUGAAGGCAUGCUCUGUGGACUCUGUAAAGAAAUGUGGUUUAUUUAGUUAAUUUCAAAGUUCUAUUAAAUUCCUGGAGGAUUUUUCUACUUUUAAGUGUGGCUGAGAUUUUGCCUCACCACUGAGAAUCCUGAAAACCUUGUGGAAUAUUUAGCAUCUCUCGGCUUGGUAGGUUUCAAAUCCCAAAUGACUGUAUUAAUACUGUUUGACAGAUGUGUAGAUGUGCUUGGAUUUUUCUUCUCAUGGUCCCGUCUUCAAGUUAAAAUAACGAACAAACAGUGGCCGCCCAGCUCAGAUGACUCCAGAGGCUGGAGUAUUAAAGGAUCACUAGAGUCAUGUAGCAUCUCUGUUCUUGAGUUAGCAAAACAUGAUCCAUGGUUGGUGGAAGCCACACAGGACACCAUGGAGGAAUGUGCUGCUCUGUAGAAAACAACCACAAAAUGCGCAGGAGGUUUGCCAAAAAGCACCUGGAUGGGCAGUUCAAAAAAUGUUUUGCAGACUUAUGAAAUGCAGCACAAAAAAAUAAUCUCAAACAUGAAGUUCAGUGGAGGCAGCACCAUGAUUAAAGGGUUAAUUUACUGCCUCUGGGGUCUGUACAGUUCACUAAUGUGAGGUGACCUAAAAGUAACAGUCAUAACCAACUACCUAAGAGCACGAUCGAACAAAGAACCGUCCAGAACUCCUCAAGAAGAAAUCUGGUCUGCAGCUAAUGAGUUUGGGGUUAGUGGUGGCUCGAGAGCGGUUAUGAAAUCACUGUGAUGGCUUGGUGGGUGUGUUGUUUGAUUAGGCGCAUUGUGCUCAUCUGCACUUAAAAAGAACAUUUUAUGACCAACUCAUGCAGAAAACCAGGUCAUUCUAGUGGAUUCACAUACUGCUUUUCCUGCCACCAUAAAAUCGCCUCAGGGCAAAGUUAAGCUUAUCUUUAUUCUUUUUCUGUGCAUUUAAGGUUAUUCAUUAACAGAACGGAUCACACUGUUGACUCACUGUUAAUAAAAACAUCAGUUGGAUAUAUUAAUCCGUUUAUUCCUUUAACCAUUGUCCAUUUAAGUAAAACAUUUCCUUUAACUUUGAAAUACGAACAAACAAACCUGUCUGCCACGCUGGCACAGUCAAAAACUGUUUGCUCUCCAUCCGGCACACCUGGCCUAAUUACCUGGAGCUUUUAAAACCCAGGACCCUAGCUCCCCCUACAGAUCAAGACAAAACUUAAUAUAUGGCCAGUACAUAGUAAAAAUAAAGAAACAUAAUAAACAUAAAUAAUGGCUCCAACAAUUCCUUUUAAGAUAAAAUGUGAAGAAAUAUAGUGAAUUGUUGUAGAUUAAAACCGAUAUGGUAGUUAAACUCCUGGUCACGUAACAGUCGGACAUGUAAUAUUAACGUGAAAUUGAGUUAUUUUUAAUGGAUUAGUGCCACUUUUUGCAAUUACAGGCCUUAAAUUAUUUCCUUUCCUCACCAGACUCACAAAGUUUCCUCAGAAAGAAGAUGUAUCUGACCAGUGAUAUAUUUUAUUUAUACAAGAGGUUUGGGAUGUUUAUGUGACUUCUGGGGCCUGCACUGGGACAUCAUGGACUGGUGCUCCUUAUGUGGAGAAAAGUGGGACCCGUUCCCGAUGAAAAAUGUUAAGUGAACUUUCCAUACACAAACCUAUAAAAGUUGAUUAUUUCUGUGAUUCAAGCUGAGUUCUUCCUAUCAGCUGAGAAUGGUCCUGGGUAUCUAUGCCUGAUUGAUGCUGGUCUUCUUUGUAAUAAACUUAUUUUUAUGCAAA